AUGGCCUCGUAUACGCAGUUCAACCCGGCCCGCUUACGCUCCUAUGUUCUCCGUCUACCGCUUGCGACCCGGUUGCUCUUGCUUGCCAUCGUCGGCCUGUGGAUUGCGACAAUACCGCUGCCAUGGCUCAGGGAGUUCGCACGGCUCGAGCCGGCUAAGAUGGAUUUGACCCAGAUGCACCGGCUCAACCUGUUCCCAUUGAUGCAUCUCAACUUCUUCCACAUGAUCUUCAACCUCGUCGCAAUCGCACCUCUUCUCGAACGCUUCGAGUCCGAGUAUGGGACUCUUGUAACGCUUGCACUCUUCACUGGGCCCUUUGGUACACUUCCAGGAGGCAUCUACACGCUGUUGGAGAAGUUCGUUUUCAGGGCGAACACAAUAGUUAUGGGCGCGAGCGUCUGGGUCUUCCUGCUUCUCUCUGCAGAAGUCAUGAAACAACACAAAACCAACCCCAACUUCAGCGUUGGUCCCUACAAGAUUCCCACCUGGACUACGCCCCUGAUUCUCGUCCUUGUUACCAGCAUCCUCGUACCGAACGUCAGCUUCAUCGGCCACCUCUGCGGCGCUGGAAUAGGUUAUCUUUGGGCCUCAGGCUACAUCAAGUUCCUCGUACCCCACGAGAAGAUCCUGAGAUGGGUUGAGACGAAAGCGAACCUGUUGGGCAGAUUACCUCACUAUGUGAGUGUAGACCAGAAGACGUACGGUCGCUACGGUGUUUUGCCAACCACAAGUGUGCCAAUGGGUGGGAUACCAAGGAGCCCGGAAUCAGGAGCAAGGUUAGGACCGUGA